AUGGCCCGGGGCGCGGGCCCCUCCCCGCGGCCGCUGCUGCUGCUGCUGCUGCUGCUGCUGUCCUGGGCGCCCCCCGGAGCCGAGAGCCGGAAGGUGGUCGUGCAGGCGCCCAGCCAGGUGCACGGCUUCCUGGGCCAGACAGUGGAGCUGCCGUGCAACCUGCAGCCUCUGGAGCCGGGUGUGCAGGUGACGCAGGUGACCUGGAUGCGGCGGGAACUGUCGGGGGAGGCGCACAGCGUGGCCGUCUUCCACCCCACCCAGGGCCCCAGCUUCCCGGAGCCCGGGCGGUUGCAUUUCGCAGUGGCCAAGCCGGGCGGCGAGCUGCGGGACGCCUCGCUGGUGGUGAGUGGGUUGCGUGCAGAAGACGAAGCCAACUACACCUGCGAGUUCGCCACGUUCCCGCAGGGUAGCGGCAGCGCCCGGACCUGGCUCCGCGUGCUGGCCGAGCCCGAAAACCACGUUGAUAUCCAGGAGGAUCUGCUGGGCCCAGAGCCUGUGGCCACGGCCCGAUGCGUCUCCACAGGGGGUCGCCCAGCCCCCCGAGUCUUCUGGUCCUCCUCACUUCCAGACAGAAAUGUCAUCGUGACCCAGACACCAGGUCUCCUGCCAGGAACGUUCAACAUCACCAGCCAGUUUAACUUUACACCCUCAAGAGAGUUAAUUCACCAGAAUGUCACCUGCAGAGUGGAGCACGAGAGCUUCAAGGAGCCCAUCCUGCUGCCCCUGACUCUCAAUGUGCGCUACCCCCCUGAGGUCUCCAUCUCGGGCUAUGAUGGCAACUGGUACCUCGGCCAAAAUGAGGUCAUGCUGAACUGUCACGGAGAUGGCAACCCCGAACCCACAGACUAUGUGUGGAGCACGAUCAGAGGCUCUCUGCCCACUUCUGCUGUGGCUAAGGGCAGCCGUCUCCACAUCCAUACUGUGGACAAAUCCAUCAACACGACUUUCAUCUGCCGUGCCACCAAUACCUUAGGAACUCGCCAGGCAGAACUGAUUGUCCAGCUCAAAGAUGAACCUCCUGGGGGCUCCAACUCAGGAUUGACCCUUGCGAUCAUCUUACCUAUCAUCAUCGUGGCAGUCCUGAUUCUGGCAGGGAUUGUUUUCUGGCAGCUCAAAAAAUCCGGUCGAUGCUGUGGUAAACCUCCUGUUAACAGGACCGAAUCCUAUUCCCCUGUGAACACUCAGCAGGAUCUGCCCCAGGAGAACGGACGAGGUGCAGGAGGCAAAAGUUGACUCUGGGGAACCAAAUGGAGAGAGACUGAAGCUGGCAAGGAUGUGGACCUUGAGGCUGGACCCCACCCCAAUGGAUGAAGCUCCCUCCCAAGAGACUGGCCACUCUCCCCCAGUGGCAGGACUCAAGUGUGAGAAGUUGGGGGUGGGGGGCGCUGAGGCCACCCUCAGUCUCAGGCUAGAAGGACUCAUAGAACUCAGGAAAGCUAUGAUAGCUGUUACUAUUUAUUACACUGGACUCUAAGACUGAUGGCAAUGGGAAGAGGCACGUGGGGCAGGGGCAGAAUGGACCAGGAGUGAGCUUCCAGCCACCCACUGGGUAAGGGGGGGGGGUGUGGGGAGCAACCUGCAAAUGCACUUAACUUCUCCCAGCAAGAACACCUGACAACACACCUGCAUUAUUGCUUACCGGGAAGCUCACUUGAGUCUCGGUGUCCAGAGUUUUUAUUGGGGGGAGUCAAUGUCCAUAUAGCUGACCUUAGUCACUAGCCCCUUCAGAGGUCAAUUCAAUAUAUGUGGCCAAGAACCCCACCAUCCAUCACUAAGCAAAGGCUCCGCUGUUUCCCACAGCCCCCAGGUAAACAGACAGUCCUCUAGGACAUUCCAAGGGCUUAAAUGUUACUCCCAGGAGCCAAAGGCAAAACACCGAGUCCCUCUUUGGUCAAGGUGAUCCCUCUCCUGCACAGUGGGACCCACAGAAUGUACAACUGCCAGAGUCUUUGUAAGAAUCUGACCUUUGGUCUUGAACUUCUGAGUCUCUCUAUCAGUUGAAUCUCUGUGGUUUUAAGAAGUAGCUGCUGACAGUUGUCACCAGGAUGAAACCAGAAGCUGAAACUCGGGCCCCAACUGGCUGUGUGGGGCUCUUUGGGGAACAGGAACAACUGGUGGCUGUGAACUUGGAGGUUGUUCAUCCCAGACAUCUUCUGCCAAGACUUGAGUCCCAGAAAAGCACCUGUACCUGGGGUGCUGGUGUUGACAAGACCCCAGGGGCUGGGGCCAGUAACCCACGGACAAAAGCAAGACGCUGUUCCCAACACAUAGAGAAAGACACUGAGGGAACAGGAACUGGCUAUGCAGCGCGCACAUCUCUGCGGCCCGUGUGGACUAAGCCCAAGGACAGGAGGCAGAGCCUCGGAUAUAAUCCCAUGUCAGCUUUCAAACGGAAUGUGAUCGUGGCAGUUCCUCCUACGGAGAGAACUGUUUAGGAAAAUACUCUAGAGAGGAAAGACCUGGGGCCAGAGUGCUGAACCAGAGAGCUCGUGAUGGGCUCCUGUGCAAAAGAAAUGGAAGGUUCGGGAUUUGUUGUGAACAGACCAGAGAGCACAGGACAGAGAGCAAUGGGGAGAGAUGGGAACCAGGAGGGCAGUAGGGGUGAGGGGUACAGAGGGUGAGGAUCCUGGACAUGAGGGGCUCAGGGGGGCCCCUCUGAGAAGUGGGGCACCCCAGAGUCAGAGAUUCAAAUGGGCUCACUGUCGUGUCCACCCCUUGAUCAUCCCCAGCUCCUAAAUACCUCAUCAAAAUUUAUUUAUUUAUUAGUUGGCCUCCCUGGUGGGGCAAGGGGUUAAGUCUAAGCACUAUGAAGCUCUCUGCAGCCACUGCAGCAGCAGUUUGAUCCCUGGCCAGGGAGCUACCCACAUGGCACAGCAGACCUCUCCUGUCUUGCUCCCUCAGCAGUGAGGGAGCUGCUCCUCUCAGCAGUAUAUUUCAGUAGACCUGCCUGUUCUGCUUCCCACUCUCUCUGAUGAAGCCUCUCAAUCCAUUCUCUCUGAUGAAUCCGCACCUCUGGCCUAUACCCCAGUUCUUGUACCCAUAGAUAAGUAAAUCUUUAAAUAAAAUAAAAUUUAUUUAUUACAGCUUGAGUGCCUGUGUGUA